AUGGCGUCAAUGCCACUCCAACUGAUAUCGGAUGUCGGUGAAAAACCAUCGACAACAAAUCUGCUUGAUGAAAAUGAUUCAUCAUUACAAAUGACUGCUAGAAGCGAACCGAUUUAUGAUCAGUCAGUUAAUAACAUGUCACCUAUGUAUCAAAAUGAUAAUCUAUCUCAGCAUAAUCUUGUAUAUGACUUAUUGCCGAAACCAAAUGAUGGUAUUCCAAUUCCACGUUUUCCACCUCAUAUCGCUGCUUUUCUGAAUGGUAAUGGUGACGCAAAUCAAUUAAAUGCUCUUGUACAAGCACUAUAUCAAGAAAUUGUUAAAUAUGAGCUUUAUCCAAAUGCAGAUGAACUUCGUUCAAUAGUAAGUCGUCUAGUUGAUCGCCAUCCACAUUGUGUAUCAGUUAUUGGUAGUAUUGAAUUAUUAGUUCGAAAAUUAUAUUAUAAAUUUUGUAACGAAAGAAAAAAAUACCCAAUUGAAUUAAAGCGACGACAACCGAAUAAAAGAAAACGUCUUCUACGUGACGAUGAUUUAUCAAUUAUGAAUAAUCAACAGAUUUUCUUAGGCUGUCACGCAAAUGUGUCAAAUGAGCUUCACAAUGCAUCAUUAGAUCGUCUCAUGAAUUUGUGGACAGCAGUAACGCCAACAAAUGAUUACAAAGAUUUAAGUCAACAGCAGUCACCACAAUCAGGUUCAUCGUCUAAUCUGUCGUCUCCGAUUUCAAAUAAUUUAGAAUCAACAGAAGAAUUAAAAAAAUAUCUUCCAAUAAAUUUAUCAAUAUCGACAAAUAAUAAUAAUAAUCUUACGUGUACUGAAUGA